AUGCGUCUGCUAUGGUUGCUUGCCACUCUGGUGGCUCUUACAAGUGCUGGAGUCCUGCAGGACUCGCCAAAGGAGCGCUUCGACAACUUUCAGGUGUAUAAGCUAACCAUCAGGAAUAAGAUUCAGUUGGCUGUAAUUGAGAAAAUCGGUGAACUAACGAACAAGUACAAUAUCUGGAAGGAGUAUGAUGAGCACACCCAGCAGGUGGAUAUAAUGGUUAAUCCUGCAGAGCUGAAGCACUUCAAGGAGCUCCUUCGAUUCAAUAACAUUACCAGCGAACUGAUGAUUGAAAAUGUCCAAGAGCUUAUCGACCAAGAGCAAGUCACUGCUACUGCCGAUAGCGGCACCUUUGGCUGGACGAAGUACUAUGAGCUGGAGGAGAUCGAGGCCUGGCUGGAUGAAGUUCUGGCCACAUAUCCCUCGGUGACAGAGGAGUUCAUUGUGGGUCAGUCCUACGAGGGUCGCACCAUUCGAGGCAUCAAGAUUUCACACAAGGCCGGCAAUCCUGGCAUAUUCAUUGAGUCCAACAUUCAUGCCAGGGAAUGGAUCACCUCGGCCAGUGCCACUUGGUUUAUUAAUCAGCUGCUGACCUCCGAGGAUCCUGAAGUGCGCAAUUUGGCCGAUAACUACGAUUGGCACAUCGUACCCGUUUUCAAUGUGGAUGGCUUCGAGUACUCACACAAGAAGAAUCGUAUGUGGCGCAAGACCCGACAGCCACAUGCCACUAAUGAAUGCGUUGGAGCUGAUGCCAAUCGGAACUUUGACUCCCAUUGGCUAGAGGCGAAUGGUGCUUCCUCAAAUCCUUGCAGCGAGACCUUUGCUGGAAGUACGCCAGGAUCCGAGCCAGAGGCCAAGGCCUUGGUGGAGUAUCUGACCAAGAUCAAGGAUCAGUUUAAAGUGUACAUCUCCUUCCACUCCUACGGACAGUUUUUGUCCCCCUAUGGACACACAAAGGACGAGUUCCCUGAUAAUUACGAAGACAUCCUGACCAUUGGCAAGGCUUUUGCUGAUGCCAUCGAGGCAUUGCCCUACGGCACUGUCUACCAAUAUGGAUCCACUGCUGAUGUGCUUUAUGUGGCCACUGGAACCUCCGUGGACUGGGUGUUCAAUGAGCUGGACAAGAAGAUUGGCUACACCACUGAGUAUCGUGAUAAGGGUCGCUAUGGCUUUAUACUGCCACCCGUGCAAAUUAUUCCCAACUGCGAGGAACUGAUGGCCGGCAUGGUGGCAUUGAUCGCAAAGACCAAGGAACUGGGCUACUUUUAAGAGUGCGCUUUAUUAGGUAACCUAGGUUACUUCUCUUCAUUAAAGUACUUCACAUACGAAGCGAG